AUGGCGACGCACAAGAGAGUCGUCGUAUUUUGUAUUGCUUUUAAUUUUUCGAAUUUGUUGUUAUUGCUCAGUACGUUCUCAGUGAUACUGGGAGAUAUACAAAACAAUGAUAAUGUUGAGCCAGUUGUUAUUGAUCAUCUUGGUGUGGAUGAAGACCUGCUAGAAGAUCAUGAUAGUCAGUAUCCAUCAUCUACAGUUCUAGAGAAUGAACUCACUGGAGAUAUUGUAGACGAUGAUACCACUAAGGAUGUAUGUCAUGCCAGUGAUAUCAUAAGUGAAGUAGGAUUGAAUGAUUCAGAAAUUAUACCAAGUAAUAAUGUCACCAAAGAGAUGGAAGACGAUGAUAACGAUGAGGGGGUAUGUUUUGCAACGAAUCAUACAGAAGAAAAUAAACCCAGAUUCCAGUGUACCAAAGUUGAACUUGCCGAAAAUGAAACGGCCGCUGUAAAAAUAGUGAACAACACAGAACUCUUUCAGACGUUGAAUAGACUGAAUACGUCUGAAGGGCCGUGUGCUAUUGUUUUAUUCUAUGCGCCAUGGUGUAGAUUCAGUGCAGCAGUUGCACCACAUGUGAAUGCUGUUGGGAGAGCAUAUCCAAUGUUACAUGUACUAGCAGUGGAUGCUAUACAAUUUAGUGGUUUGAAUGCUAGAUUUGGUACUGUGGCUGUACCCAAUCUCAUUCUAUUCCACAAUGGUAAACCAGUUGCAAGAUACAAUCAAACAGAAAGAACAUUUGAACAGUUUAAAUCAUUUAUCAAGAACCAUACAGGAAUUGAUGCAGAUGCUACGGUUGAAGUAACAGAUGAGGACUACCUCGGACCAUUACCCAGCGUACCCACAGUUGAACCAGACUAUUUCCUGUGGUUUUCAACCUUAUUUGUCAUUGCCUUUAUUUGCUAUUUAUUCAAACAAAAAUUUGGAGACCGAAUCAUGGAGCGUGUGAGGACUUGGGCAGAGAUUCAUGAACAUUUAGAUUGAGAUGUAAAAUUGGUCACUUUGUUGGAGACUGUGAAAUAUGCAAUAAUUACUGAGAACUC